AUGGCUGCAAAAGUAUUAAAACGUAUUAUUGAUGAAAUACACAGUGCAAAAUAUUGGGGACUCGUCGUAGAUUCUACCCCAUAUAUAUCCCACAUCGAUCAGUUUUCAGUCAUUUUCCGAUACUACUUAGAUGGUCACGUUUAUGAACGUUUUUUCUGCUUUUUACAAAUACAAAGUCAUAAAGGUAGGUCACUUAGUAAUGACGUAUUAGAUUUAAUACAGGAGCACGGUAUAGACACAAGAAUGCUAACCGACAAAGACUUACAAGCUAGUAGCUUAAGCCCGGCUGAUAAAUUCCGAGUAAACGCAUUUUAUGUGAUUAUAGACAAAUUAGUUGCCGAGUUGCAGAAACGGAGUGAAGCAAAUGAUCGCAUCAUUCAACUAUUUGCCUUUCUCACACAAUUAUUAUUUAUAGAAGCAGAUGUAUUAGAAAAAAAAGUAGCAAAUCUCGUAAAGGCUUACUCUGACGAUUUAGAAAAAGAUUUAUCAGUUGAAUUGAAACAAUUUAUACCAUGUUCAAAACGGCAGCCUAAGGGCUUUUUUCUUAUCGUACAGGAAAAAACACAAGUGCAAAUGAUGAAAUCUUGUGUCCCUUAA